AUGGACCAAGAUGCAGAAACUCAGCCUCAGUUUACUGAAGCGAGAGACUUUACACGUACUCCCCAAGGGGUUACUCCAGCGCAUUCUAUAGCCUCAAAUCAUUCGGGUCAACAGGGUCGUGAGCUUGUUCGCCCGAAUACAGUCACAACUGGGACAAUACAAUUCCUGCCGGGCCCGGUACUAGAACCCGCCCGCAGACACACUACCAUCAUUUCCACCGAAGAUCAAUCUGGGGAUGUGCGAAGAACCAGUCGAACGUUCCCGACCACAGUUGCCGGUCCGAGCCGCCCAUUCUUCAUUUCCCCCUUCCUGAAAACGCCCGAAACCUCGAGUGACGUGAGUCCCGAGAGGAACAUUCAAGGGCCGCCGCUCAGGGUACAGAUGGAUCAGCCUGAGAAGAGGGUCACCAACGAUACUCAGCAGAGCAGUGUUACUGAGAAGGAAUGGGAGCACCAGCGAAGGAUGGAGCAGAAGCGACGAGUCAGGGAGUUCCCGCGACGCCUGAUCACCUCCAUUGUUGGUGGCGUCUUUGUCAUUGCCCCCAUGGUUACCAUGAGUAUUGAUCGCUCCUUGACGAAGGACUUGAUCACAAGCUGUGUAGCUAUACUGCUCUUCGGUAUCACAUUAGCUUGGGUCAGCACAUCGGACGAGGUCAGCUUGUUUGUGGCCACAGUCGGCUAUGCUGCUUUUCUUGCUGUUUUUGUUGCCGUGGGAGACGAUAAGAAUGUUGCUAUCAUGACCCGAGGAUAA